GAAAGAAUAAUCGCUUCGCAUCGAAAUUCAUCGAGUGAAAACUGAUUUCUUCUAUCAAAUGUUUAUUGGUCGUAGUCAAAAGACAAAGACAAUAUUUUUUGAUGAGAGAAAGUAGACACUUUGUGUAAUUUAAUUUCUUGCGCAAAAAUAAAAACUUGAAUUCAAUUAGAUUCGUAUCGGUAGCAUGAAAUAGCUGCAGUUAAUUAAUAAAUAAUUAUUUCAUCGAGAUUUUUUUUUUCGUUCAUCGUUCUAUUCUGUUCUUUUUGACUCGAAGUGAAUGUGGGCGACGAAACAAGUUCCUACAUGUGAAAAACAUAUAUAUAAUAUUCUAAUUUUGUAUAAAGAAAAAGUGUUGUGUGUGUGCGUGCAAGAAAGAACAAAGGCAACGAAAGAAUCUGCAUCAAGAAUUCUGCUUGGCAUUGUUAACCUUUUUUUCGCCUUCUCUGUGUAUUUUCGCCUCGAGACAAAGUGAUUGAACAACAAACCAAACGAAAAAACGAAAUUUUAUCGGUUGACGGAGGCAUACAAUGCCAUUGGUGCAUUGUAGCUAUAACUCGAUAAUAAAAUUGACGACAAUACGAAAAUGUUACAUUAUGGAUACUUCAUGAUUUUCAUUGGAUUCAUCAUCUUUAUUGCUGCGCCAAUUAUAUCCUGGUAAAAAUCAACAAAAAAUAAAACGCAAAUCACAUAUAAUAACACACAAAUACAAAACAAAAUCUAUCGACCAACAGCAACUGCUACUUUUCUUCUUCUUUUAUUCAAAACAUUGAAAUAUCCAAAUGACGUAUUAUUUCGGUUACGUAUAGAUAAAAAAAAAAUAUCAAAGUACUUCGGUUGUUAGAUCAAACAUAAACGACACAAAAAAAUCGACAGACUUGAUUCAUUUCUUCCUUCUUCUUCUACUUCUUCUGCCACUUACAUCACAUCCCCCAGAGUGUGGACAUAACACGAUAUAAUAUUUUGGGCAACGACACAUUGUUAAAUUGAUUCUGGGAAAGCGAAUUGCUUACGCAAAAUUUGACCAAAGUGUAUAACGUAGUGGGAAGCUUUUUGAUUAUGCAUAAAACUGAGUCACUAGUAUCGGCUCGUUCCUGUGAAGGUGGUCACCGGUGCUCUCCUCCAAAGGAAUGCUGUGCUCAGGGAUGUUGCUAUUUAUAUGCACCACCAAGCGCUCCAAAGACCCCAACACCUAACAAUACAUCACACAUGCUCAACUUAUUCUUUAUAAAUCAUUGGUUUUUCUGGUGUACAUUAUUCGCGAUAGUAAUUGCCAUACUUUGUGCGUGUUCAUUGUGGAAAAAACGGCGUCAAAUCUGUGGUUGGGGCUCACCACGUCCGCAUUCACAAUCGGGUGAUUCAACCGGUUCAUGCUAUGCACCUCCACAAUACAGCCGAUGUACAUCGUUUCAUCACCCACCACCCCCAUAUGCCGAGGUUACAAACAAACCCGACCUCUAUCCAUUAGUGUUUUCAUGCAAUAAUUCGGACAAUGGAAAAAAUGGUGCUAGCUAUUUAAUGGUUCAAUAUUUUCGUAAUUAUAUUGUACGGCCGGUGGGUUCGCUGUCAGCAACCAGUACUGUUGAUUCAUUGAGCUCAAGUUUUAUUUGCAAUGCAAACGAAGCGAAUACAUUAAUACCGCCACCAUAUUCACGUGCGGGUAGUCCAAAUUUGCCAAUGAAUAUCCAAGAUUAUUCGGCGAUGCCACGUUCAGCAUCCCAAAUGUGUUCAAUGGAACAUGGUCAACAUCAACGUUCCAUUCCGGUUGUCAUGACGAAUGAUGGCGAAAUUACAUUGUAUCGGCACUAUCAUGAGUUUACCAACGAAAACGGCAAUGGUGGAGGUGAUGAUGACACUUCAUACGUUCCAUUUCGACGCACACCGAAUAGUGUUAGUUUUCAAGAAUUGCACAGCAACAGCACUAAUGAUAACCAACCGAGCCCACGUAAUAGCAACAAUAAUAUUCGGGCAAAUCCAAACUAUGCAACAAAUAAUGCUGAUACAUUCGAUGAUUUAAAUAGUGACUUAAGUAAACAAUGCAAUGUGAUAACCGAUGCCCAAUCAUUGAGUACACAACAACAACAACAUACAUUUGAUAUGAACAAUGUGACAAUAGCACAACAGCAACAACAAAAACAACAACAAAGCCACAACAAAAUUCAUAACAAUAGCAGCAGCAACAACACAAAAGCCAAAUGCAAUCCAAUGCAAAAUAGUUUAUCCUAUAGCAAUAGUUCGAAUGGAUUUUUCGAUUCAUAUGAUUCAAUUGAUGACGAUACAAAUGGAUGCUCAUUGAAUAUGCCAUCGAUUGUUAUAAAAUCAAUGGUCGUUUCAACGCCAACUGGUAAUUUACAUCGCGAUUUUAACGAUUUGAAUGGUCCGUUGCGAAAGAAUUGUCACGAUAAAUUCGAUAUUAUUAAUGAGACAAAGCCGUUAAAUGUAUCGGCAUCGUUGCCAUUCAGCGAAGAAUCACCGGUAAAUGCAGAUAUUUUGAAGAAAUACGGAAUGACAAUGAGAGGUUAUACGGACUCAAUGAGCGGUUCGGCUGUAUCAAGUUUGGCCAAUUUUUCACCAACAUCACCGCCACAAGCAACCAGCCCAACCGGCGAAAUUCGUGAACUUCUCGAACAGAUACGUCAAUUACAACAGAAUGCAAGCAGCCCCGAUGAAAUUGCAUCACAUCAAGAUGUACAAAGUGGAGCGGCAACCACAAUAUCGAAUGAAUCAUCGUCAUUGGGCGGCGGUGCGGAUGCCUACGAUGGUGAUGAAUCAUCCACAUCGAACGGUAUGAUAAAUGCGAUUCAACAAGAAACGAACCAAAGGCCUUCAACUUUACAGCAAAAUCGACGAUCACAUCCACGAACACGAUUCUUUGCAAUGUCAGCUGCCAAAAAUUUACGUAGUCCAAACGGUAGCGGUAACGGUCAUAUUUUAAGUUUUAACCGAAAUCGUAAAGGUUGGAUUUCAAAAUCGGCACCAACCACACCCGGAAAUAUGCCAACGUCUUAUAUUACCGACGACAGUCCAUUGUUAAAUGAACACGACGAAGACGCCGAACCAAACGCAUAAAUCCAAACAAGACAACAUUCAAAAAUUAUUGUACAUAAGCGAAGGGAUGUGUGGUUUAUUUUGUGGUGCAUACAAGUGAUCGACAGCAGAUAGAAUUAAUUCAGAGAAAAAAAAAUUCAUAUUUAUGGUACACACCAACAAUAGAAUACACAGACAAAGCGAAAAUUUGUUGAAAAUUAGCCGUUGCUAGAAAUGUAUACUCUUUUUUUUCAUUUGUUAAAAUCAAAACUGCUCAAAACAACAUAAAGAGAGCGACCAUAACGGAGGAACGGAUGUCAUUUCCCUCCCAUUUUUUUCGUGUAAUAAAAAAUUCAAGCGAUUUUUCGACCACAAAUUGUACGUUGUUGGAUGCAGUGAUAUACCACAUAGUAUUUGACUCACGUCACACAAUUUCGUUUUUGUCUUAUACAAAAUGUAUCCAAUAGCAAUGGAACGCUCUCAUGUAAAUAGAAAAUGUAAUCGAAUUUUGCACACUUUCAUUCAUUCACAACACUCUCACACAGACACAGAAAGAGGACACAGCAUAUGAUAUUUCAUGAUUUUUUAAUUGGGUUUUACAAGAAGAGUAAGAAAGAAAACCCUUUACACAAAUAGGAUGAAUAUAAUCCCCAUAUUUCUCUGCGACAUACGAAAGAAUGCGUUCAGUCGGUUUUUAGAACAAAAUAGCAGAAAAAUUAAGAGCAAAUCAUUAAAAUAGCCGUGUUAUUGCUUCCGGUCUAGGGUUGCUGCAUAUAUGUGUGCAAUGAAUAAUUUACCAUCAUGUGAAAAUCUCGCUAUCUCUCUCUCUCACCAUGGACAAAUUAAAACGCCGCAUAGAAUUUUAAUAUGUAACCACUAACCAUAGAGUAUAUAUUGAUUGUAAAUAUUUGAGCCAAGACCAAGUUUAAGGCUAAAAAAUAUCCAUUAUCCAACAUAUAUGUAUGUAUUUACUUGAACAUCAUCAUGUUUGAGACGAUAUUUAAAACAAAUUAAUUUUCAAUGGCGCCCAAAAACCGAAUUUCAAUUAUUUGAACCAUGAUUGAAAGAUAUUCUCUUCAAAAUUCGAACAGGUUUAUUUACAUCAAGUGAGAAAUAGCAAACAAACACAUUUGAAUGAUAUUUUGUUAUAGAUGAGAAAAGUGGCUGAAAAUAAGAGCUCUAUUAGUGAUAAAAAACAACAAUGAAUUGGUGAGUUUCCGGAGACAAUUUUUUUUUUCAGAACCGCUUUGUAUUUUUAUAGAAAUCCGAUGAUGAAUGAUUGAUACAUUUAGAAGUGAGCACAAUAUAUUAUGAAUUAAUAAUAACAUCAGUGAAUAUUACAAAUGAGAUUGUCACACACACACAUUAGAAUAUGCUAACGACAAUUUUGAGAAGUUCAAUUUGAAAGCACUUAAUAUUCUUCACUUUUUAAACCAAUUUAACGAUUUUUAAAUUUAAAAGAAAUGUGUUUUUGUCUUGAUAAUUUUUUUUAUGAUAAAAAAGAAUGCUUGUACUACAUGUAAAUUGAGUCGUUUCGGUGAUUUCGUUACUUGAAAAUAUAUAUUAUAUAAUUUAGGACGAGUAUGACGUAGCUAGAACAAAAUCGAGCUCAUUUUGAUUUUUAAGUGAAUAAUUUUUUUUUAUAAGAAACUACUUCUUUAUAAUGCUAAACAAAUAAUUUCAUUUAACACUGACAAAACAAAAAAUAAAAAUAAUAAAAUAAACGGAACGUGAUCAUCGCAAAUUAUAUUAUGAUAUAAACAUUGAUAUUAUUCUGUAUAAUGGAACAAAAAAAACAUUGAUAAAUAAAAAUCGAUAAAUCUAA